GCAUCCACCGUGACUUCCACAUGUAUAUUAAGCCGCUGUUACAUUGUACCUUCAUCAGUUCCUACUUGGUCAGCUCUCGUACUUCAAUAGACAACUACUACAAUGGUGCAACAGAUAAUCUUCGUUGUCACCUUUUUGGUGGCUUGUUCAUUCGCCUUCCCUCAACACGGCUACCAUGACCACGGACACGAGCAUAUAGAGGACCACGACCACGGACACGAGCAUGUAGGGGACCACGACCACGGGUUCCACGUGGAGUACAAGGAGGACUACUACGACCCUCACCCCAAGUACAAGUUCGAGUACGGCGUCCACGACAGCCACACCGGCGACAUCAAGAGCCACAAGGAGGAGCGCGACGGGGAUGUGGUGCACGGCAGCUACGAGCUGGUGGAGGCGGACGGUUCAAAGCGCGUCGUCCACUACACAGCUGACCACCACACUGGCUUUAACGCCGUCGUCCACCGGGAACACAACGUCCAUCCUCAACAUUACCACCAUCAUCAUGAGGAACAUGCUCCAGUAUACCAUGGCCAUUACUAAAAUCAACUAUUCCUCGUUUAUAAAACAGUACAAAGUGUAAAUUAAAAUAAA